AUGGGCACGGGCGCCAACGUCGACGUCAUUGUGCCGCACACCAUCAACUCAUACAGCGACGGCGGCGACGCAGAAGCAGGUGGCGGCAUUCCCUUGUGCACGCUGCGCAACUUCCCGCAGCUCAUUGACCACUGCAUCGAGUGGGCGCGGGCCAAGUUCACGGACCUGUUUGUGAGCCCUGCGUCGCAGCUGCAGCAGUUCCUGGAGGACCCUGAGGGCUUCAUCUCGGGGCUGGAGACGAAGAUUGAGCAGCACGUGGGUGGCGAGCGGAUUGGCGCCCUCGAACGCGGCGUGGACAUGCUCAAGGCCAUCAAAGACCUCGCCGCAGAGCUGCAAGAGAAGCCGACGAUGGAGACCUGUGUGUCGCUGGCGUGGCGUGACUUUCACGCGUUUUUCCGCCACGUCAUUCUGGACCUCAUUGCCACCUUCCUCGCAGAGGCAAAGACCAAGAGUGGAGAGCCCUUUUGGUCAGGCCACAAGAUCUUCCCCGAGGUGCUCGAGUUUGAUCCGCAGAAUCCGUUGCACAACGAGUUUCUGAUUGCCGCCGCCAACAUCUACGCAUGCGUCUUCAAGGUGCACCCGACCAAGUACCCGAGCGAGGAGAACAAGCUCCACAUCAAGCGCACCAGUCUUCCCAGGACAUCAAGAACAUCAAGCAGCCAAGCAGACACGCACUCCCACUCUCGUCUCUCUGAGGCCUCCUGGCAGCUGUCCUUCUGCGGCGGCUACUCCUACGUCAACACCAGUCCCGAUGGCCGCCUGCUGGUGGCUGAGUCGCUGACAUGCAAGCAGCGCAUACCCGUCACAGCAACCGACAUGGUGCAUCUGCCCCUCUUAGCCUCUUAUUCCCGCGUGUACAUCUGCGGCCUCGGUGUCCGGGAGGCUGAACGCACCAUCAUCUUCGAGGAUCCUUUCCUUGGCGCUGAGCUUGCAUGCGCAGCCGCGUCCGGUGGCGUCAUCGAGAGGUGGCAGAAGGAGCCAUACGAGUGCAAGCUGCACCGCGUCCUAGACCUCAAGUGCCUGGCGGUCGUGCCGUCCACCUUCGAGCACACGCGCUGCAUGGCAGUCACGCCCACCCUGUACAUCGCGGGCAACAAGGCGGGUGUCAUCUCUUUGUGGCAGCUUGGUCAGCCAUCGACCUUGCUUGCAGAGUGGAGGGCUGAUGCUGUCGAUAAUGACAAAGAGGUGGUGCAAGACAUGGAUGAAGAAGAAGCGAGCGGGGAAGUGGAGGCGGAAACGGCAAGCAAGGAGCGCGUGCGUACUGCCGUGGAUGCCUUGCUCACCCCUGAUGGCCGCUUCCUGCACCCUCACAUCACACGAUCAGCACAACACAACAUGAAAGGACAGCAACAAUGGCUCCAACAACAGCAGCAGAAGCAGCAGCGGCAACAACAACGACAUGCGCCCGUUUCGUUUGCGGACAGCAGCAACAAGCUUGCUAGCGCGUGUGGAAACACAGUGCACGUCUGUGCCAUUGAUCACCACCACCACCAUCACCAGCAACAACGGCAGCAUGACCAGCAGCAGCAGCAACAACAGCAGCAGGAGCGGCAGCACCUGCUGGCGAUUGACACUGCGCGAGGUGACGUGUUUGUGUGUGACGUCGCCGACCACAAGGUCCUCAGCAAGCUCAAAGUGAGCAGAAACGUUCCGGUCAAGUUCGGCGUCUUUGCCCGUCGCAGCAGCAUCUUGUUCGUCAACUCUGUUGAGAGCGUGAUCAAACCCCAGAUGCCGCCCCUACGUCAUGUGCCCAUUGUUGUUCCACCAGCAACACCUCCCGCAGAUACGCAAAUGCUUGACGACUACGAUGUCACUGCGUUGCCGAACGUACCUGACAUCAUCUGCCAAGCAUCUUGA